AUGGACUUGCCCGGCUGCGUGCCGGUGCUCCCCGGCAAAGUGCCGUCCGGUGCGUCCGGUGCGUCCGGUGAUGCGCUGACUGCGGUGGUGGAAAACGACCUGCCAGCAGCGAUCCAGUUGCAGAUUGGCACGGAGGUGAAGGUCCUCUACCCCGAGGGACGGCACAGCUUCCAGAUGAACCUCUCCCAGGUGACGGAGCCAGGCGGUACGGUGCAGAUCUGCUUGCGGGACGAGCCAAGGAUCUCUGGCACAGACAAGGUCUUGUUUGGUGCGCCAAGGAUCAAGGAGUCUGCCUGCUUCACGUUGAGAGCCGGUUUCGCCUUUGGAUCCUUCGGUGAAGAGGUCUUGGAGUUCUUGCGCCUGGAGCAGAUGGAGGUCCACCGAGAGCGGGAGCUGAAGAAGGAGCGCGAAAAGAUGCUGCAGGAGCAAGUGGAACUCGAACGGAAGAACGGUUUGCGUUUUGGGUGCCCCUACUAUUUCUCCGCCAUGCUCUGCAGUGCUGUGGGCUUGGGACUGUGCGCGUGUGCGUCCAUAAUUGCAAUUCGGAAUGCUUUUACGGUGUCAUUUCUGAGUGUGGUGUCCGUCUUCUUUCUGGCCGUGUUGCUGUUUUUUGGUCUCAUGGCUCGCACUCGUGGCGCGGUGUUCCAUCUGCAGUCUUUGAGGUUGCUGUCCUAUCACUGCCCACUGGUAUGCAUGAUCCUGGGAUCCAUUUGCGUGAUUACAACGGUGAUCUUUUCAUUGAUUGAUGGUUUCUGGUGGUCAGCGCUGAUUGCAGUGCCAGCAUUUUGCUAUUUGGGUUGGAUGAAGUGGCGCUUCUGCAGUAAUUCAAUGGAAGAAGAGCAGGAGGCUAGUAUGGAGAUCGAUGCUCAAAGGGUAGCUGACCGCACCAUCGUGUUCCAUGGCAGUAUCCUCAAGGGAAGGGGAAGGCCAUGUGUGUGCAGCUGGCCUGGAAAGUAUGCAUCUGCUUGGGAUGCACUGGUGCAAUUUAGCCGCAAUGGCGACCUCAGCGCAGCUGUGGUCUUUCUGCCUCAGGGCUCUGAGAACUUUGGGAGUCACGACCCAAUCCCAAAGGCCGAAGGGAUAGAAGGGGACUGCUGGUGUGACCCCUUGUAUGGAGAGAAGAAGCCCUGGGGUUGUCGCUGGUGGAGCAAGUGGAUAGCAAACAUCGAAUUAGCAAUGAAAGAAGGUGCCAAUCUGCACGUCUACUUCUUCAAAGGCAUGAAAGGUAAAGGCAAAGUUGAAGAUUUCUCAACUGCUGGUAGAGAGCACUUGCAGCGAGAAGAGAUACAGCUCAAGAAGAAGGAACAUUUCCCGGAGUCACCGGAAUUUAAGGUGGCACUUGAAGGUGGCAUCCAAAAGCUUUCGAAGGAAGUUCGUGCAGAUGCCUCUUCACAGUACUCGCGGGAAGUGGAUCGGCUGUUCCUGGCCUGGCUUCCAGAUGAAGAGCGCAAGGUCAUAGAGGCGGCUGAAGGCCUUGGAAAUUCUCAGAAGGCCGAGGUUGCAUGGCUGAAAAGGAAAGGGUACGACUACACGGAGAUGGAGGUCGACGUCAGCCAGUGGAUUGGGGAGCAGGCCAUAUGGCAGUGGGAGAUGCACCUGUCAAAAGCUGAGGAGAAGGUGGAACAGAUGCUUGAGAACGCGACUGAUAGCUUCAUGUCAUUGCUCACGGCCACCAAUCAGCACCUUGACGCGGCGGUGGCGAAACAAGCCUCUCUGGAGGAGGACCUACGCCGCCUCGCCACUUCUGGGUCGGAACUGCAAGGUUGUAGUUCCUCAGCCUCAGAGAGCAGGACCCUUCCCAGCUGCAGGGGCGAGGUGAGCUUGCAGGAGUCUGUCACAAGAGAAGUGAGGGACUGCAUCAGUCGCGGCAACUUCCUGCAGAGUGACUCCCUAGGAGCAUGGGAGAAGCGCUUAAGGCGAGAGCAUCGCCUUGAAGCUGCAGCUCUUUGGGAG